AGUUGACGUGACGUGAUGUGAAGCAGCAGCAACUGCAAAACAAAAUUCUGUUUUGGCUUGUUCAAUAACUUCAGGGCUCGUCUUACCUUUUAAGUUGUGUUUGUAAGUAAGUGUUUAACUUUAUUGCACUUUCCUUAUAACAUAAGCUACCUUAACGGAAUUGUAGGAUUCAGACUGCACAACACCGUGCAACUUUUAAAUAUUUCUACAAGCAAUCAUUUAUUGAAAACAUGAGGGGGAGUUCGUCGUAUGGAGACCGAGAUAGAGAGCGUGGACGAGACAGAGGGCCUCGGUUUGGGUCCAGUAGCUGGGGCGGCUCUCCCCCUAUGAAGAAGUUUGGGAACCCUGGAGAACGCCUUCGCAAGAAGAAGUGGGAUCUGGACGAGCUGCCCAAGUUUGAGAAGAACUUCUACAACGAGCACCCAGAGCUCCAGCGCAUGACUCAGUAUGACAUAGAUGAGUUCCGCAGGAGGAAGGAGAUCACAGUCAGCGGUACUGGCUGCCCCAGGGCCAUGACCGGCUUCCACCAUGCACAGUUUCCCCAGUAUGUAAUGGAUGUGCUACUGAGUCAGGACUUCAAGGAGCCCACAUCCAUCCAGUCACAGGGCUUCCCUCUGGCCCUGAGUGGCAGGGACAUGGUGGGCAUCGCUCAGACUGGCUCCGGCAAGACCCUGGCAUAUCUGCUUCCUGCCAUUGUGCACAUCAACCAUCAGCCCUAUCUAGAGAGGGGAGACGGACCUAUUGUGAGUACACAGCUGGAAACUGCACACGGUUGCUUAUUCAUAUAUUUCAAGUCUGUGAGACUAGAAUGUUUUGGCCCUUUUCCGUAGUGUACUUAACUCUGUUGCGCUUAGACCUACCUAUGGUAUGCUGUAGCUAUAUAUCAUGUGUUAUUAAAGGUUAUACACUACCGUUCAUUAAAUAGUAACCACAAAACACAGUGAAGAGGCAAUUCUGGGAUGCUGGCCUUCUAGGCAGAGUUGCAAAGAAAAAGCCAUAUUUCAGACUGGCCAAUUAAAAACAGAAGAUUAAGAUGGGGGUAAAGAACACAGACUCUGGACAGAGGAACUCUGCCUAGAAGGCCAGCAUCCUGGAGUCACCUCUUCACUGUUGACGUUGAGACUGGACAGAGGAACUCUGCCUAGAAGGCCAGCAUCCUGGAGUCACCUCUUCACUGUUGACGUUGAGACUGGACAGAGGAACUCUGCCUAGAAGGCCAGCAUCCUGGAGUCGCCUCUUCACUGUUGACGUUGAGACUGGACAGAGGAACUCUGCCUAGAAGGCCAGCAUCCUGGAGUCGCCUCUUCACUGUUGACGUUGAGACUGGACAGAGGAACUCUGCCUAGAAGGCCAGCAUCCUGGAGUCGCCUCUUCACUGUUGACGUUGAGACUGGACAGAGGAACUCUGCCUAGAAGGCCAGCAUCCUGGAGUCUCCUCUUCACUGUUGACGUUGAGACUGGACAGAGGAACUCUGCCUAGAAGGCCAGCAUCCUGGAGUCGCCUCUUCACUGUUGACGUUGAGACUGGACAGAGGAACUCUGCCUAGAAGGCCAGCAUCCUGGAGUCGCCUCUUCACUGUUGACGUUGAGACUGGACAGAGGAACUCUGCCUAGAAGGCCAGCAU